CCAACGUGACGCUUUCCUGCUUUCAUGAGGGGGGCCGUUGAAUAAAACAUUUGCACAUCUGGCCAGCUUCAUCCUCCCAGCCCGGAGACAGGGAGACAGAGAGAGAGAGAGAGAGGAAGAGAGACUUGGCUGCAAGGCUUCAUUCACUCUGAUCUUUACAACAAUCACAGAGCCUCACACCUCUCCCUCUCUGUCAGGUCCAGAGACUGAGGAGGGAGCGAAGUGCCGGAGCUCCCUCGCCCUGUUGGAGGAGGGCAGUGAGGGCCCUCAGCACUCUCACAGAGAGGAGAAGAUUUAGUGUGUGUGUAUCUGUGGACACUCGACCAUUGCAGAGGAGCCGUCACCGACUUGGUUUUUUUUUAAAAAUAUAGGCUGUUUUUUUUCUUUUGGAAGAUUGUUGUGUCUGGCUUUCUGAGUUAAUGUAAGGUUAAGGACAAGAGGAAAACAUACACACACACACACACACACACACACUGCGCCAAAUAAAUGCAUUUUUCCGCAACUGGGAAGUGGCAGGUCUAAGGAUGGAGCCAAGCUCACUGCGGAUCCUUCUCAAACACACGGGCCGCUCGGCAGAUGACCUGAAAUUGUUUUAAUCUUUGCACGGUUCGGUUCGGGACCUUUUGCCUUUCUUCCCCUUUCGCAAUCUCGGCUGUUUUGUCUCCUUGCCCUCGAUCCCAGCCAGCAUGAUGCUGCUCCGCAGAUUCCGGCUGCUCAUCGUGAUGGUUUUCCUGAUCGCCUGCACCAUGCACAUCCUGAUCGACCUACUGCCCAGGCUGGAGAGGAGACCGGACCCCGGGCCAGGAGCAGCGGCCGCUGCCGGCUGCCCCUGUCUGCACCGGGACAGGCUGCUGGCGGCCGAGCUGCAGCCGGGGCUCCCGGGCUGGGGGAAGCUGAUGCCCGGAGCCGCCUCGCCAGGAGGUGGAGGUGGAGGAGGUGGCGGCGGCGGUGGCGGUGGUGGAAGGGAUGCAGCCUGGCCCAACAAACACACCCUCCGGAUCCUGCAGGAUUUCAGCAGCCACCAGUCUCCCGGCUCCAACCGCAGCGGCUCUCACCCUCUGGCCAAAGGCGAAGAAACCGGCCUGAAAUGGGCCAAGGAGAACAGCAAGGAGCUGAUCCCAGGGCAUGGGGAGGAAGCUGUCUUCCUGGCUCCCGUCCACUACUCCAAACUGACUGCUCUCUUCAAACACCCGCUCUACCAGAGCCCGAUCCCACCACUCACACCGGGAGAAAUCUUGUUUAACAUUCAAUCAGACAUCAAAUUUAACCCGAAAGUCGCUGUUCCCCGGGACUGGGCCAAUGAUGAGGAAGAUGAUAUUGCACCCACCGGUGACCCCCCCAUAGAUUCGUACCCCAACUGGUUAAAAUUUCACAUCGGGAUAAACCGUUAUGAGUUAUAUUCUCGCCACAAUCCAGUGAUUGAUGCGUUGCUGGGGGACCUGGUGACCCAGCGGAUCUCAAGCGUAGCGAUGAAAUCUGGAGGCACACAGCUAAAACUCAUCAUGUCUUUCCAGAACUAUGGGCAGGCACUCUUUAAACCAAUGAAACAAACCAGAGAGCAGGAGACACCUCCAGAUUUCUUCUAUUUCUCUGAUUACGAGCGACACAACUCAGAGAUUGCUGCUUUCCACCUAGACAGAAUUCUGGAUUUUCGGCGUGUGCCGCCUGUUGCUGGGAGGCUGGUCAACAUGACAAGAGAAAUCAGAGACGUGACUCGUGACAAAAAACUCUGGAGGACGUUCUUCAUCUCACCAGCCAACAAUGUGUGCUUCUACGGAGAGUGUUCCUAUUACUGUUCCACUGAGCACGCACUAUGCGGGAAGCCUGACCAGAUCGAAGGCUCACUGGCUGCAUUCCUACCUGACCUAGCACUGGCAAAAAGGAAAACCUGGAGGAAUCCAUGGCGACGGUCAUACCAUAAACGCAAGAGAGCUGAGUGGGAAGUUGAUCCUGACUAUUGUGAGGAAGUCAAACAGACUGCCCCUUACAACAGUGGCACCCGUCUCCUUGAUCUCAUCGACAUGACUAUUUUUGAUUUUCUUAUGGGAAAUAUGGAUCGGCACCAUUAUGAAACUUUUGAAAAGUUUGGAAAUGAUUCAUUUAUUAUUCAUCUGGAUAAUGGACGAGGGUUUGGAAAACAUUCGCAUGAUGAGCUCUCCAUCCUGGUGCCGCUGAAUCAGUGCUGUAGAAUAAAGGAAUCGACAUAUCUCCGGCUACAGCUUCUGGCAAAGGAAGAGUACAAGCUGAGUGAGGUGAUGGCAGAAUCACUCCAACGGGACAAACUCUCGCCCAUCCUAAUAGAGGCGCACCUGAAGGCCAUGGACAGGAGGUUACGAAUCAUUUUAAAGUCAGUCAGCGAUUGCGUGGAAAAAGAAGGGCGCAACAUUGUGGUGGAGAACGACGUAGACUACAAUAUCAAUUCAAUCACGACCAAUAGGUAGUAGAGGGAGAGGGACCUCUUCUCUCACAUUUUUUUACUCGUGUAAGUGAAAAAUGGAAAGUCUUGCAGAGACUGGCUAUUUAUGUUACUUUUUGAAUUCAGUGAAUUCAGAACAGAGAUGUAAUUGUUCCCAAAUAUGUAAAGUAUAGACUCCAUCCCAGAUUAUUAUAACUAAAGUUUCUAAGUUAAACCAUUUAUUUGUUUUUCUCAAUGGUAUCCAGUGCUGAGAUGUGAAUAUUGAACAGGUAGGAGUGUGCAAUCCCAAAAGAGAAGAAAAAUUUCCAAAUAGAUAUAUAUAUAUGUAUAUAUAUAUAUAGAUAUAUAUAUAAAGGGGAAACAUGCUGAUGAGCAAAAUACUUGAAAGCUGGUAAAACUGAUUUGAGCAACCUGGGCAUUGCUCUUAUUAUUAAAUGAAGCAGCAAAGCUGUAAUGUUGAUUUUCCUUGGAACCUCCCGACACAUGUUAAUCGGCCACUUCCAGCUUUGCUUUCCGAGUUCUUUGUGUACAAGUACAGACGGACGAGCUGGUUUCUGCGGCUGUGGGCUUUUGCGUUAGCAAUGUUUUCGGGGUGGUGUUGGGGUUUUGUGGUAAUUGUUUUUGCGAUUUGGUGAAAGUGCAAUAAAGAUUAUGGCAACAA